GCAGUUCAGACACACUUUUGUUUAGCUGAAGGUACAGUAGGUGUCUGAGAAAGAUGGCGGGAGUGAAGGAUUUAACAAGCACAAACACACCCAAUGUGGCAUUCUCAGUUGGAUCUGGACUUCAGGGAACCUACGGACCCUUCAACACUGAGGUCACCUUGACGUUUAACAAAGUGUUAACAAAUGUUGGAAAUGCCUACAGCCCACAGACUGGUGUUUUCAGAGCACCAAUAAAAGGCAUCUAUCAUGUCUCAGCUUCUGUCUUUGGCAACACCGACAUCUGGCUUGAAGUAUAUUUAGUGAAAAACGGCCAGAGAGUUUUUGGAAUGUCCGAGUCCCCUAGAGGUCAGAACAUGUCUAUAAGCCGAGCUGUCAAUCUGUUACUGGAGCAGGGUGAUGAACUUUAUUUAAGGCUUAAAGCACACUGUCAGAUUUAUGACGAUGGACAAACAUACAACACUUUUAGUGGCUUUCUGCUUUUCCCCAUGUAACCAACCACAUGAUUUGGGGGAGCAAUGCUAGGACAGAUAUGGGGUCCUCUUCUACACCCUUGCCCACUGUUGUUGCAUUAGUGCUAUAUAUAUAUAUUUAUAUAUAUAUAUAUUUUUUUUUUUUUUUUUUUUUUUGCAGGUAGUAAGGUAUUGAAGCUGUGUUCCCUUUUUAAAAAAAACUAUUAGUUAACAAUAAAACAAAAGCAGAUUACAUGAUUUCUGAAUCUUUCAAGUUUAAGUACGUACUUGUAUCUAGUGUAUAUUGAAAAUGUUUGACAGCAUUUGAAGUCCUCUGUUAGGUUAAUUUAUAACUUUUGACACAUAAUUUGAUCACCUGUCAAAUCACACUGGUUUCUUUGCAUUUAUUGAAAAAUUUUAAUGUAUUUAAUAAAAGGAAUUUACUGCAUUUUAUAGUAGUGCUUGACAUUUUUGUAAUAAUGAAAUUGAAAGUAAUAAAGCAAUGAUAGAAACUACAGGUCCUUCAAAAUUGACUUUGUUAAGAAUGGAAAAGUAAAUUUAUGUGUAA